AUGGGGGGCACCGGGGGGGUCAUUGGGGGGGUCCCUGUCACCUACACCUGUGACAGUCACCUGCAGGAGAGGGAGAUCCGAGCGCUGGUGUCCCCCGAGGAGCACCGGCGGUUCCUGGAGCGGGGCCUGGCUCUGGCCGAGCGGCGCAGCCAGAACAGCUUCCACUGCCGGGGCCGGGACUGCCCGGGCUGGUGCUUCUACGAGGACGCCGUGAACGAGUUCCCGUGUCCCGUGUGCGGGGCCCUCAACUGCCUCCUGUGCAAGGUGAGCCCGGGGGG